CUUUAUUGCACGGUUUAUCUCGAUAGGGAGAAAAACGCUGGGUCGUACGCGCGAGCUCGUCGCCGUCUCCUCUCCGAUUGGCUGCGUCAGGUUCUCUCCAGAAGCCAGUGGUUGGCUGAGGCGUCUGUGAUUGGCUCAGAGAACAGUCCCCUCGCUCGGGCCACCGGCGAUUGGCCCGCGCGCUCUUUGUUUGCGAGGCAGCCGAAGGAGUCUGGCCCACAUUUGAAUGUACUGGGAGUCGGGAAGGGAGACCGUUUCCAUGGGCCAUCUGUUCCGCACACUGGAGCGCUAACAAAGGAUCCCCAGGAUGGUGUUAGUGCAUGUCGGAUAUCUGGUUCUUCCUGUGUUUGGCUCUGUGAGAAAUAGAGGGGCUCAUUUCAACAGGCAUCAGCACAGCCAUGCUACCUCCUGCCGGCAUUUCCACCUGGGCCCCCAAGCCCAGAUGCCCACCGACUUCCCGGUACCCCAUCCAGGCCAGUCGCAACCGGGCAUGACGCCCCAUCUGCCCCCCGCACACCAGCAUGCCACGCAGCUCCAUCAGCCCCUUGCACCCCUGCCAGCCCCGCAGUUCCAGGACGUUCCAGGACCCCCUUUCCUACCUCAAGCCUUACACCAGCAAUACCUCAUCCAGCAGCAGCUCCUGGAGGCGCAGCACCGUCGGAUCCUCCCCCACUCCAGACGAACACAGGAGCGAGUCCCCAUUCACCCGCACCGCCUGCGCUCUGGCUACGACUACGCCCCAUCGCUGCACGUCCCUCAGCCAAUGGCUCAGCAGCCUCGCUACCUAGCGGAAGGCACAGACUGGGAUCUAAGUGUGGAUGCAGGUCUGUCUCACCAUCAGUAUCAAGUCCAGCAACUCCCGCAGCACUAUCAGCAUUACCUGGCUUCUCCCAGGAUGCACCACUUCCCGCGGAACAACUCAUCAGCACAAGUGGUCGUCCACGAGAUCCGAAACUACCCAUAUCCCCAGUUACACCUUCUCGCUCUGCAAGGCCUGAACCCCUCACGGCACGCGUCUGCAGUGCGGGAGAGCUACGAGGAAUUGUUACAGCUGGAGGACAGGCUAGGAAGCGUGAACCGUGGAGCCGUGCAGACCACCAUCGAGAGGUUUACGUUCCCUCACAAGUACAAGAAGGAGAUUACCCUGCAUGCACCUCUUCCAUCAGGCGUGUGUGGACCAGUGGCUGGCCACCAGCAGGAAGUGCCCCAUCUGUCGGGUGGACAUCGAGACCCAGCUGACGCCCGACAGCUGAUGUUUCACCUCCUCCUUCCAGCACCCGCUACCGUCCCGACAGAGGGCCUGGUCCCACCGCGCCUCUCCCUCCCCCUCCCCCUCCCCCUCCGCACCCCCGUCCUCGGGCGCUUUGCCAAAUGUUUCCGGUCUUCGCCACUUCUGACCCUGCCUUCUGAGCCAGCUGCAGACCUCUGCAAGGGGAAAAAAGAGAGAAGGCGGAAAAGCACACUCAUUACAAGCAAAAAAAAGGGAAAGAUUGGAAAAAAAGAGUGUUAGAACAGAGAAGGGUUGUCGCCGAACGGAGACGGCAUCUACGUCGCGAGGAUACGUGUAGCCGAACGGUUCGUGUCCGGUGGGAGCGAGAUUCCCCGAGGACACGGUGAGUAGCGCAUCCUUUCUUAUAGCCAUUUCAUUACGGAGGCUCUUAGCAAGAAAUCCACGGCAUCCGGUCCUCGGUCCGUACGGGAAUUGAGCUUAUACCUCUACAUUUCCUGCCGGAAAGCAUAACGCGCAGAGAAAAACAACGAAAACAACAGAUAGCUGCUCAUUCUUUGCCUAAUGAGUAUUUGUAGCCGAGGUAUGACUGCAAGCGGUUUAGCGUUUCGAAGCUUCUCUUUUUUAUCCGCGCGAGACGUUUUCACGGAGCUUUUAGGCCGGAAAUGGCUACUGCUUCUUGCAAUAUUGUAUUAGCUUAAGCCUCGCGGUGUCUAUGCGGCACGCGCCGCGCUUACGCGUGAGUCCAGGCGUUUUCGCGCGAGGCGAACUCGAGACGUGCACGCGAGCCGAGACCAAGGCACCGAAGAGCACGCGUGCAUCUCACGCUAAGUCGAGAAGGGGUCUAGAGGUGGGGACGGCGGAGCAGUUCUCCGUGCCGUGAAGUCCUUGCGGAAAUCAAAUGCCAAAUAUACACGGAAAAGGUCUUAACCCCAGUCAUACACAGUAAAUGAGUGCGGCGAUCUGCAGACUAAGAUUACCUGCACGCUUCCAUGGCAACAGGGAGACGGUCGCCGUGGCGACGUGCACUUGUCACGCGCUCUUUCGGCACCUCCGUAUGGUAGAGCAGCGCCCUCAAAAUGCAUGCGGUCGUGUUGGCUUGGGCUGUUUCGUUAGCGUGAAAUGACGAGGGGUUGUCUGUGCAUGAAUUAGUUACCCGAGAAAUGUGAGUUUCUUUUUCAACCGACAAACAGUAAAAGAAAAAAGAAAAAAAAAAAAAAGCUAGCACGAUGUAAAUGGCUUCCACAGACAUGAAGUAGUGUUUUCAUCCUGCCAUUUCGGUGACCGCUGGUGGAACUCCUUUUUGUGACGUAUACCUAACUGCCUAAAGAAAAAGCACAUGUGAUAGAUAGAGCAACAACCUUUUUUUUUUUUUUUUUUUUUCCU